AUGGCCGACGUCAUGGUUCCUCGCCGCUCUCACGAGAUCAUGGAAGGUCUUACUGCCGAGGAUUUUGAAACGGCAUCCAUCCGCUCAGCAGCGCCUUCAUACUUUUUGCGCCGUCAUCCUCGAGAAUCUGGACUGCUUUCGUAUCUGGGCGGAAUGCGUCGUCAUCGGCAUCUUCCGAUCGUCGGCCGGCCAGACCAGGGCACGCAAAUAACGUGCCCCGCGCAAGGCUCUCGCCCCAACACGCCUGCAGUUUGCGUACCACCCCGCAUGCCUCAUAAACAACCUAUAUCAACUUCGGAGGCGCCCACAUUGCACUACACCGUCCCCAACUCCGGGUAUAGCAGCUUGUUGCCCCCCUACACGGCCCCGCCCGUGGGCUCUGCCGAGCGUGUCGCCGCUCCGCCUCGGCAUCAUUCGGUCCCCGCCCUGCAGCCCCACUCAGCAAACGCUGUUGCCGCUCGACGAGGUGGCUCCGCAUCCGCCGCUUCGGCAAACGGCGCCGGGACCGUGUUUGCGCUUCCGGCGCGCAUGGACAACGUGCGCCGUGACGAUAUCCCAGACUUGUCCCGCUUCCGCGUGCCUUCCUGGUCAACUAUUUCGACCAGCCCAAACGCCCGUCUCUACCACUCCGUUGCACUGCGUCGGGUUGCUGCCGCCGAGCACGCCUCCGCCGCGGCUGAGAUUGGAGGUUUGAUGCGCCGCCUAGCCGUUCUUGAACGCAUGGAGCAAGAAGAGGCUGCCGCCAGUCGGCGCAUGGCUGCUGCUGCUGCCCACCGAAAUGCCUCCGCUGGCAACGGCAACGCUAGUGGCAGUGCCUCUAACAACCGCAGCGGCAACGGCGGCGGCAACAACGCCAUUGGGCGCCUCAGCACGAGCAACGGCUCGUUCCGUCCUCUGGAGGAUCCGUACCUUGUCGGCGAGACGGCCGCGCGUCGCGCCCGUGCCGAGCGCAUGGCUCGCGAGAACAACACGCAUGGCGAAGAAGCGCUUCACCGUGAAGACCGUCGCUGGGAUUGGUUCCUUGGUUCGUUUGCCCGCCCCAGCACCGUUUCUUCGCCCCACCGUUCCGUCCCGUCCCCCUCCGCAACCGCGGGACAAAUAAAGAACCGUCAUGGGUCCGGUCGGCUGCGCCGUCGUUUCGACGCCAGUGGACUCUCGCCGGCUUCUCUGCGGCACCAUCACUCCCGGCGCGUGCAGUAG